AUGACUAGUAUUCUUUCUGACCGCCAGAAAGACGAGCUACAUAAGGCUAUUUUAGACUAUUUAAGCGCCAGUGGCUUUACAGAAUCGUUCAACAGCUUGAAAUCUGAAACACAUAAUGAAGAUUUCACUUCUGACCCCAAGCAAAAGUAUUCAGGUCUACUAGAGAAAAAAUGGACUUCUGUCAUACGGUUGCAAAAAAAGAUUAUGGAAUUAGAGACGAAAUCAGCACAAAUGCAAGAAGAAAUCAAUAAUGCACCUAUCAGGAAACAAACAAGUUCUGUCGAUUGGAUCCCUCGUCCCCCUGAAAAGCAGAGCAUGACAGGUCAUAGGAGUCCUAUUACUCGUGUGGUUUUUCAUCCAAUCUAUCAGAUAUUAGCUUCAUCUUCAGAGGACACAACCAUCAAGAUUUGGGAUUAUGAAACUGGUGAAUUUGAACGCACGUUAAAGGGGCAUACGAAAGCAGUGCAAGAUGUGGCAUUUGAUCCAAAGGGAAACUUUUUGGUAUCCUGUUCAGCUGAUCUCACAAUUAAAGUAUGGGACGUUAAUAAUGAUUACAAGUGUGUCAAAACUCUAUACGGUCAUGAUCACAGUGUAUCUUCAGUUGAUUACUUGCCUUCGGGCGAUACCAUCAUCUCAUCCUCACGUGAUAAAACCAUCAAACUUUGGGAUGCCUCAUCAGGGUAUUGUAUAAAGACAUUGAGUGGACAUUUGGAUUGGGUCAGAUCAGUCUCACCCAGCGAAGACGGCAAAUACUUGUUAACAGCAUCAAACGAUCAAACUGCUAGACUUUGGGAUAUUCAAUCAGGAGAGGCAAAAAUGGAGUUUAGGGGCCAUGAGCAUGUUCUUGAAUGCGCCAUCUUUGCACCCAUCGUUUCAUACCCAUACAUUCAAGAACUCAUUGGAGAUGAGAAUAAGUCAAAGGAUCAGUUACCAGGCCAGUAUGUGAUUACAGGAUCUCGAGAUAAAACCAUCAAGUUAUGGACUACAAAUGGACAGUUAUUGCACACAAUGGUCGGCCAUGAUAAUUGGAUUAGAGGACUCGUUGUUCAUCCCAACGGCAAAUACCUGCUCAGUGCAUCAGACGACAAAACUAUCAAAAUUUGGGACCUAAAGACAGGCAGAUGCACGAAAACCUUGGAUGCGCACUCUCACUUUGUUACAUGUAUAGCUUAUUGCCAUACAAGUCCAGUCGUAGCAACAGGCAGUGUAGAUCAAACCAUCAAACUAUGGCAAUGUCGAUAA